CGAAAUUCCCAGUCACGCGAUCACAGUGUCAAUUCGAGGACCGAGUAACGCAGAACCGCGAUGGAAGCCACCAAAGACGUCAAAAUCAGAGAUCCUUUCGUGUUAAACGAGAGGUUUCUUUCUCUAUCAGGAACUUGGCCAGUAACGAAUAGGUAUAUACCAUUCGCCUUCAUGCUCGUCUAUUUUGCUCUGUUUCUGGUCAUGCAAUAUUGGGAUUUCUACGAGAGCCUCGACGAUGUCAAUUUAGCGGUUCAAAAUUUGUUGGAAUCUUUGCUAGCGACAUCGUCCUAUCUAGUUCUUAUUCUAAUCAAACUAAACGCCAAGAAAUUGAAGGACGUGGUAGUCAAGAUGAAGAGAGAAAUCACGGACAAGAACACGUUCAAGGAUAACGUUGAGAAGCGUUUGUACUACGGGUACAAUAUUAUCUGCUAUCGUUUCGUUAAAUAUGCGACAAUAGCUACACUCACCACGAUGGUCCAGAUGUAUACUCAUCCUGUGAUACACUGGGUUUUGACAACUGUUAAAGGUAAUUCUACUCCUCAGUACGAACUACCCUUUCGAGCCCACAUCUUCUUUGACUACAAACAACCUCGAAUCUAUCCUCUGGUGUACAUAUAUCAACUUCCUUUCACGUAUAUACCAAUGGUCCACGUCGCUGAAGUUAGUUUCAUAAUUAACUUGAUACUGCAUCUCUGCUCAAAACUAGCGAUAUUGUCCUAUCGUAUACGAAAUGUUCAAGUGCAACCAGUUCAAUCUUUCAAAAACGGCAUUAAAGAGUCCGUGAUUGCGCAUUUGGAGCUGACAAUGUACAAAUUCUCUACGGAGCCAAUGGUUGCAUACAAUUUUCUGAUAUACGCCAUGGAUAUAGUUGCUUACGUAUUUCUGUAUUCUUAUGUAGGCGAGCAACUAAUGUAUCAGUCUCAGUGCAUCGGCGAGGCAUUCUACGAUAUUAAUUGGCCAGAGGUGGAGUACAAUGAACGGAAAGCAUUGCUGAUGGGUAUAAUGAACGGACAGGGAGCUAUGAAGAUGACGGCUGGCAAACUUUAUACUUUCUCGCUGUUUGGUUUUAGCGGUAUCGUGAAGACGUCUAUGGUAAGUUUCACCAUGCUACGCGGCAACAUGUAAGAACACGGACGAAAGUGCGCAAUGUGAUUACAACGACUCUGAGCCAGCAUGCUAGCGAUUCUGUCUUGUACAUUGUAAUAUGUACAUGGGUGUUAAGCAGCUUCUGCCGACAUACCAAACAAGAAUGGUACAAAAACACAUAAAGUAAGAAAUACAGUGGAUUUAAUAUUUAACAACAUAUGAAUCCCAUCUUUGAUAUUUCCCUUACUGUACAUGUCAGAUCAGCGUAAUAAAACGAUAUUACGGAUAGUGAGACAUUAAUAGUUUGUAACGUCAAAUUGUUGUG